ACCAAUCCAAGCUUAGUGUAGUUUCAAAGUUGUGAUGAAAAAAGUUGGAUAAAAAUAUCUUCAUCUGAGAACUUUUUAGAAAUUAUAAAACAAUGCAGUAUUUUUAUUUUAUAUUUUCAUUUUGUUUUUAUUAUACAUGGGCCCAGUCUCUAGUUCAUGAGGUGAAAUAUGAUCUUAAAGAAUUAAGAUGUUUAGUCUGCCAAAAAAGUGUAGUUGAAUUAGAUUUAGAAAUAAGUAAAAUUGACCCGGAUAGCACUAUAGAUGUAGGGGGUCAUCGAUUAGAUGUUGAUGGUAACUAUAGACACAAAUCCAUAUCACAAGCCAAAUCAGAAUUGCACCUUUCUGAACUAAUUGAUGAAGUAUGUAACAAAAUGGAUAACUAUGUACGAGCUCUUUGGAAGUCAAAUGGAACGUUAACAUUAUUUUCCAUGUUAUCUCCUGAAGGUAUCAUGAAUGCCGACUUCGAUUCAGUCGAUCUUAUCCAAGAUGAAGAUUUAAAUAAAAGUUUAAAGUACUAUUGUGAAGGUAUUAUGGAAGAACAUGAGGAAGCCCUUAUUAAGAUGUACCAAAAUGAUUCUCCAGACAUAAAAACACGAUUUUGUUUCACCGAGACUGGUAUUUGCCCAGCCACAAAGAAGAAUGAGGAAUUGUGAUUGUUAUUAAUCAAAUAGAAGUUUUAUGUAGUUAUAGAUACCAGUUUUAAAAAAUAUAUAUUUGUUAUAAAAUAAAAAUAGUAUUAUUCUAUAUAUUUUACCAA